GCAUGUUGGUCUUCAUUAGUCUGUAGAAGAAUGUUGUCAGAGGAUGUCAGUAGAGUUUGCUGAUGUUAGAUCUCCUAUGCCUAGCCGACAACCUGAACCUCCUCCGCCUGGCCCAGCACAUGUAUCUCCCUCUCCACGUGCCCCACGGGGAGUAGGGAGAUAUAUUCCGCCGCGACCAUUAAGUUCGAAGAAUAAUCCUAGGAAGUUCUCUGCUCAGGGUUGUGGCGUUAAUGAUACGGUUUGUGGGAGUCCUUGAAUCAUUUUAUCAACCUUACAAAAAACACAACACACUCUGCAGCUACCUAAUAAAAACCACAGUUCCAUUAUUUUGUCAAUUAGAAUUGCACAUUUUUCUGUUUUCCUUUUACUCUUUAAAAGGGAAAUAAAAAUAAAAAAUCUUUUUUGUG